CAAUCAGGUAAAAGUCAACUGAAUUUGGCCAGGCAGUCUCUUGACCUUCAACCAGGGCUGCAAAUACCACAGUCUGCAUGCACCCUUGAUCUUGUCCUUACAACUGGCAACAGAUGCUGGCAAGGUGGAGGUUGGGAACUCGUCGGUACUGUCCGCUCAUGGCCUCUCUCAAAACUCUUCUCUUUCUGUCGCUGGUGUAUUACUCAUGUAACUCAGAGGAACUGGAAACAUUCCGAACAGGGCCAACGGGAGAGCUUAAAGCAGUCUACACACUUAAAUCUCAGUACAUCCCAAAAUCCGCUUUUCGAUUAUAUACAAAUGGCGAUGCCAUUGAAGACACCUGCAGCAUCCUACCUUUUCAACCUCAGACACUGAAUCUGUGUGGCUUCAACACAUCUACACCACUGGUGAUCAUCAUCCACGGCUGGUCGGUGGAUGGGAUGCUAGAGAGUUGGGUUAUGAAGCUGGCAGCUGCACUGAAGACAAAGAUGAAGGACAUCAAUGUAAUUAUUGCUGACUGGCUGUCACUGGCUCAUGAACAUUAUCCAAUUGCAGUACAGAAUACACGACUCGUGGGCCAAGAGAUCGCAGAUAUGCUGGAGUGGUUGCAGGAAUCUUACCAGUUUUCAACAGACAAGGUCCACUUGAUUGGCUACAGUCUGGGCGCUCAUGUUUCAGGUUUUGCUGGGAGCCACAUUAGUAGCUCUAAGAAGAUUGGAAGAAUUACAGGUCUAGACCCUGCUGGCCCACUCUUUGAGGGAAUGUCCUACACAGAUCGUCUCUCUCCUGAUGAUGCCAACUUUGUAGAUGCUAUUCACACAUUCACUCAACAACAUAUGGGUCUGAGUGUUGGAAUAAAGCAGCCAGUGGCCCAUUAUGACUUUUACCCAAACGGAGGCACUUUCCAGCCUGGCUGCCACAUAAAGGAUGUAUUUGAACACCUCUCACAGUAUGGGCUUCUGGGUUUUCAACAAAGCGUCAAGUGUGCUCAUGAGAGGUCUGUACACCUGUUUAUCGACUCCCUGCUGAAUGAAGACAAGCAGAGUGUUGCAUACUGGUGCAAUGACAAUAACUCCUUUGAUAAAGGAAUCUGUCUCGAUUGCCGGAAGAACCGUUGCAACACAUUGGGCUACAACAUCAAAAAGGUUCGGACUGGGGCAAGCAAGAGACUAUAUCUGAAGACUCGCUCCAGAAUGCCAUAUAAAGUUUACCACUACCAGUUCAAGAUUCAAUUCAUCAAUCAAAUUGAACAAACUGAACCAACUCUGACCAUUUCACUAAUGGGCACCAAGGAGGACAUUGAAAACUUGCCGAUUGAAUUGGUGGAGGAAAUAUCGGGUAAUAAGACCUACACAUUUCUGAUCACACUAGACACGGAUAUUGGGGAAUUGAUGGUUCUUAAAUUUAAAUGGGAAGGAACAGCUGUAUGGGACAACAUCUGGUACAAAGUCCAGACCAUCAUGCCAUGGAUAACAGAGCAGAAAGGACCCAAGCUUACUGUGGGGAAAAUCCAAGUAAAGGCUGGCGAGACACAGCAAAAAAUGACCUUCUGCGCCCAGAGUGAAGAUGGCAUGCACAUCCCACCCUCUCAGGAGAAAACAUUUGUGAGGUGUGAAAAAAAUCGUGCUGGGAGGAGAAAGAAGAAACUUCAGCAACCAUAACUCAGCCCAGCUACUCACAAGACCAUUUUCAGGGGUUCAGAUAAUGAUGUGAAUACUUAAACUUGCACGCACCCUCAUGUGCAACACACCUCAGGGGAUUUUACUGAAGCAAAGAGUUAAACGUUCUCAGCUGUAUAAAUACAGUAUGAUUAUUUUGCCAAUUGAAGUCAUUUAAUUAAGACUUAUACAGUAUGUAUGAUCAAAGUUUUUAUUAAUAUACAGUCGGUUAUACGGAGGAAUGUCAGGGACAAAUAAUCAUUGUCACAUAAGAGAGGUCUUUAGUGGGAGGGGAAACUUGGCACUUUUUUGAAGCACGCAUUUAGUCACGCAACAGAAUGUUUUUUCCAGGCAUAACAAGCUUGAACUUAUUUUGCUGGCUGUCUGAUUCUGAAUACAUUUUAACAUUCUGAAAAAAUAUACAAUUACCAAGUAUUUUAGAUGCUAUACCACAGAGUUCUGAGUUUCUGGAAAGCAGGAACACACCUGGAAAAAAAUAAAUACGCAUAAAAAAAAAAAAAAAACAUAGAAAAACAUUUUAACCAUCAUUUAAAGUUAACAAAAACUGCAAAUAUGAAUGCAGAGAACAUGUCAGGACACCUAAAAAUAAGUUUUUUCCCCUUUUGUGAUUUAAUUCAGGGUCUUCUAGUUCUUAAUUUAUCAGAUACAUCUUAAAAUUACAUUUACUCAUUUGGCUGACACCUUUACCCAAGGAGACUUGCAACAUUUAUGAUACAAUUGGUAACAUUUCUUUUAGCUUUCCAAUUGGAGCCCAGGCAGGUCAAGUGCCGUCACAUGCCUUAAAAAUCAACUAUUUUGAUGUUUCAUUGCAGAAUUCAGGCCAUUUCUACACAAACCACUAUUGUCCUACCACAGUCAAGCUGGAACUGUUAGUUCACUGUUCUGAGCUCAAGCAGGUCCUAAUUGUUGACUUUAAAUGACGAUACCUUUUAGUAUUGUGGUUUUUUUUAAAAAUAUGAGUAGGAGAUAAACUAAAGAAAUGUUUGAGUGAUUAGAUUUGACUUAAAGUGUAUUGUCAGUACAAAUCCGUUUGAUGUCAAAUAUACUGAGUUGCUAAACGUGAAACAACAAUGCCGUUUCAAAACUGGUGCCAGCCCAUCAUGAAGCACUUUGACAUACAAACACAAGCGACCUAUAUUUCAUAAUGUACCAUUUUAUAGAAACUUCCAUCCCAAGGUACAUCAAAUGAGCGGCAUUUUCAGAUUGUUUUCAUGUCAAAUGGAGUACAAGCAGGUUAAGUGAUUUGGGUAGGGUCACACAAAUGAAAAGGGCAACCCUGCAGCAGAAGGACUGCUCACUAUAGGAAAAUAAAAGGCCAGUUCAACAAAAAGGACUGAAAACCUGAAGACUACUAAAUGAGUAUCAAAACAGGGAAGAUUGAUUCGGUUUGCCUUUUUCUUUAAGGCUCCUUUGUAGCAGUUAUUCAUCUACGGCAUUACUUGAUUCUUCCAUUUGCAGUGCUACAAAAUAAUAUCCGCAAAUACUAUAAAAGUGCACACUCACUCAUUUGAAUGUGGCGUCAAUUUAAAGAUGUAUAUAUUCCAGUGGUGUCUCCUAUAAACUGCACAACCACAAAGGGAUUUCAUGGUAAAGAUUAAAUGCAAAGGCCACACUGGACAGGGCAGGUUCAAAGUAUAUUCCCUUGUUACUUAAACACGUGUGUGUGAUGUCAUUCAUGUCAAAUUGUUGCUAGAGGGAAUCUGUAAUUUUGGCAGAAAGUCUCACUUCCAAAAAUGUUUAAGCCAAGAGAGCACGCUGAAUUCUAAUCACCACCAAAAUAUAUAUAUAUAUAUUUUUUUUAGAUGACUGCUUUCCUUCGGAUUUGAAUGAACAAAGAGCUGUACAUUUCACAUGUGACUCCAACCUCAUGUGACACCCCACAUCUGAUGGCGACCAAUCCAAGUCAGGUGACAUUUCAGAGCGUGAACUCAGUUGAAUGUCAAUCAGUCAGUCAGUAUCCAA